UCCGCCCAGCUCGCGCCGCCUCCAAGCGGACCGCAAUGAUUUAGAACUUCAGGAAUCCCACGUGACGUCACCCCGGGGUGACGUUAUGCUUCUCUAAAUAGAUCGUAUUGUAAUCUUUUCUCAGUCCAACGUGGUUUCUUCUGAGAGGCUGCUUCGCGUUUUCGACACUUGUUUGUUUUAUGAGAAGUUGUGAUGAACUCAGACCCGGAAAGGCCGUAUGUUUGCAACGCUCCUGGCUGUUCUCAGCGCUUCCCCACUGAAGACCAUCUGAUGAUACAUCGACACAAACAUGAGAUGACCCUCAAGUUUCCUUCUAUAAAGAAUGACAACUUGUUAUCAGACCAGACGCCAACGCCGACGCGCUUCCUGAAGAACUGCGAGGAGGUGGGACUGUUUAGCGAGCUCGACUGCUCCAUUGAGCAGGAGUUUUGCAAGGCCCAGGAAGAAGAGGACUCCAAACAGAAUAUCUCUCUGCACGGCCAGGGGGGCCAACACCAGCAGGCCCACUCGAGAAUGGGCAACCACGACACCAGCAUCGUGAUCCAGCAGGCUCUCCCCUCUCCUCAGUCCAGCUCCGUCAUCACUCAGGCACCAUCCACCAACAGACAGAUUGGGCCCGUCCCUGGCUCUCUGUCCUCACUGUUGCACCUACGAAACAGACAGAGACAGCCUCUGCCAGCCUCCAUGGCUGGAACACUGCCAGACCCCACCAUGCCUGGCUCCUCUGCUGUGUUGAUGCCCAUGGAGAGACAAAUGUCUAUGGGUGCCAACAUGAUGGCUAUGCAAGGUCCCGCCCACAGCAGCCCCUGCUCCUCCGCGCACAUUCCCUCCAUGCACUCAGAGGCCAAACUGAGGCUGAAAGCUGCACUUUCACACCACCCCGGCGCCCUCGCCAACGGAAACAUGAACUCCAUGGGUCACAUGAUGGAGAUGAUGUCGUCACGGCAAGAGCAAGGCAACCACCAUCACAUGCACUCGCACUCACACCCGCACCAGCAUCUCCAAGCCCCUCCCCACACGUACCAGCACCACGGCCAUCACCACCACAGCCAGGGCCAUGGCCAGGGCGGCCACCAUCACCCGCAGGGACACAAUCCACAUCAUAACUCCCACAAUGCCCACCUGCAUCCCGGGCACCCACACCAGACCUCGCCACACCCUCAGAUGCAUUCUGCUUCGCAGAUGUCUCCUGCCACCCAACAUAUGCAGCCAACGCAGACACUUCAUUCCCCGCCCCCGAGCGGCGGCCGGCGCAGGCGAGUUGUGGACGAAGAUCCGGACGAACGGCGGCGGAAGUUUCUGGAACGAAAUCGAGCGGCGGCGACGCGAUGCAGACAAAAGAGGAAAGUGUGGGUGAUGUCGUUAGAGAAGAAAGCAGAAGAACUUACGCAGACCAACAUGCAGCUUCAGAAUGAAGUGACAAUGCUAAAGAAUGAAGUGACUCAGCUCAAGCAGCUCCUCCUAACACACAAGGACUGCCCCAUCACCACUAUGCAAAAAGAGUCCCAAGGUUACCUCAGUCCAGAUAGCAGUCCGGCAGGAAGUCCAUCUCCAACUUGCACGCAGCAGCAGGUCAUUCAGCACAACACCAUCACCACGUCCACCACGACCGUAGGGGGCAGCAGUGUGCACGGACAAGCCAACAGCCGAACAGACAUCAACUCCAUCCACUAGGGAAGCAGAAAGACUGUACAUCCCUGGUGGUAACCCCCCGUGCCCACUCCCACACACCUCUGCUUUCUGAGGCUCUACAGCUCCCCCCCCUAAAAAAAAAAAAAAUCAAGAAAAACCUCAAAGGCCUCCAAGGCUGUUCUUUUUACAGUAGCCAUGAUAUGUAUUUUUAUAGACCCUAUAAUGUGUACGUUUGAUGGUAUGUUGCCUAUUUUAUUUUAUUUUUAAUUACAUUUGCUUUUGAGUUAUGCUGGUAGCGUUGGUAUCCCCCCCAAUUGUAGCGGUACAAAAUGGACCAAAGCGUUCCUGGAAAAAGAGGGAAGAGACUGGAGGCUUUCAUCUCUUAAAGUUUCUCUUUUUGACCGAUGGUCUGGGUCAUGAGUUAAUCGUUUUCUAUGUGGGUACCUAACAUGUUCUCACAAGUAUUUAGUAGGAAACUAGAAUGAAACUCAUUUUAUAGUGGAACCUAUAACAUAGAAGACAAUUCGUUCCAGAAUUGACCUCUUGUUUGUUUGAAUUGGAAUUUUACACUUUUUUUUUUUUUUUUUUUGUACAAAAGGCUACGAAAUCCUCCUGGGAAAAGCUUCGGAUGGUUUGUUAAGUACCUCUAGGUCCAGAAGUAUUUCGGAAAUGACAUUCUUUGAUUUGCCUGUAGACACCACCACAGUGGAUAUGAAAACCGCCAAUAUGUGAUUGGAUGAUAGAUUUGCCUAAUGGUGCCUUGGUUUAGGAGUGACACAACUGCCGAUUUUUUUCCCGGAUGUCGCUUAGCUGAUUUUUUUUUUUUUUGCUUUUAUUCAUAAGCAAAAAUUUGUGUGAGACGGCCACAGCGAACUCCACUCACUUCACAGCACGCAACACGAUGGCAGAUAGUAAACAAUUCUUGCAAAAAUGAGGCUUCAAGCUGUUUCUUGCCACUCUGAGUCCAGGUUUACCGUCAAACUGAACUUAAAAUUAAUAAAAUUACAUUUGGUGUAUUUAAACCAACCACAUAAGAAAGUCUGCUAUGUUAAUGCAAACACACGAUGCAAGAUGCCAUAGACGGGCUCACCAGUAGCAACCAUCCUAAUCCUUCAAGCAACAGAUAUUAACACUUACACUAACAGUGCAGCAACACGUGUAGACGAUGUAACAAUACUCAUGGGCGUAUAUUCUUUAUCCUCCGAGCGCAAACGCUAAUAAUGCAGCUUUCUGAGUCACUGUCUUUGUCUGUUUCUCUGUCUUAUACCUCCCCCUGGUGGCUAGCGUACACUAGAAAACACACAAAGAAGGGUUUGAGUCGAUUGAUGGCAUUUCCGUGAACUUGUAAGUCAAGGCACCACUGCAUGUUAUUUAACGUUGAGGCGGUCCAGCCAUUUUAUGUAGAAUAUGUCUAUAUCGGGACAAGGGGAUAGAAUUGUCUAUAAACCCCAACACAAAAUCCGUCGCAAUGACACUAUAAGACAAAAGCAAAGAUAGCAGGAUGCAUUCUACUAUACGUAGAAUAGCUGUUAUUCCUGAAAGGUGAAUGCCAUAUUUUGGGUAAAAUCUAUUGUUUCAAAUCCACUGCUGUCAAUAGGCAAACACGUCUGUCAUUGUGCAGUUGUACUUCUGAAUCUAAAUCUAAAUCUGGAUCAUGCGACGGUACUAAAUAAAUCAUCUUUAUGGGCUGUAGCUUAUCAUCCUUUCCUUCCCUUUGAGACGGUUAACCUCAUUACUGCCAGUCUUAAAGAAUCAUAUCAACAUUGUGAUGGUAAUAGCAUAGUGCUCAAGGGAUAAGCAAUACAGCACUCUGUGGAUCAUGUUAAAAAAAAAAAAUGUCCGCAAACUGUUUUAAAACACUGUGAUGGCGGCGAGGCAGCUUGAGAGUCACAACAAUCUUCUCCGGGACCACCCGAAGCUUUAACUCGAGGGUGGGGAAAGGUUUUCCAAACAGUUUUUACAAAGUCCUUUUGAGGGCCAUGAGAAAUUUAUGACAAAAUAUGAUGCAACGAUCAAACUAAUAUGUAUUAUUACAAAUAAUGAGCACUUUUUCUAAUUUUUUUUUUGAAAUAUGCUCCUACUCCUCUGAGGUUGUAUUCAUUCUUACACUUGGCAUAGAAGGCCGGAUGAAAUCCGCAUAUGGAAAAUAAAGGGCAUGUCCGCGUAAGGGAGCACCUCUGUCAUGCAUAACUGGUUUGAUUUUGUAUUUCUGAAAGAGGAGCAGUUGAUGCCAAUGAUUUCCCAAAUGUCCCAAUGUACUUCGCUUAUUUUCUUCAUCUUCACUCAUAUCUAUUUCAGCCUCAUGACGCUAUUGAUAGUUUUUGCCUCUUAUUGGCGUUUGUCUUGAAUUUCUUCUUCGUGAUUCAUAACAGGAUCUUCCUUCAUCUUUCUCAGGCCUUUUUCUUGCCUUUAACUCAAUGGCGACAUACUGUACGCGCCCCCCUUCAGAGGAAACGGGAACUUUUCUUCCACUUUGUGACCAGGAAUGUCGACGUGAGCUCUCUUAAAGCACUGUGUUGUACAGUACAGUCAAGCAGAGCUGUCUAUGCACUUUGUCCUCUGCAGUGCCAGAGGGUAGAAUAGCCAUAUGAAACCAAGUCAUGCUCAGUGACCCCUUCCCCUUUUUUUAAAUACACCAGCGAGAAACAUCUUUGGCUUUCUAAUCCAUUGAAGGACAUUUAUUUGCAAAAUUCCUGUUACUAUCUCACCUCACGUCUUAACAUUUUGCAGGAGGUUUUUUUUCUAUGUAUGCAGUAGGGAAGUUUUGGUUUAUUUUUCCUGAGAGAAGGGCUUUAUUUCACCUUUGAAUUUCCCAAUUCUUGAUGAUGAUUCCACCAGUGGUUCUCAAACUGGCCGUGGCCCAGAAGUUGCAGUUUGGGGGUCCGGAAAAUAAUGAGCGAAAUUGCAAAUUGUCUUCACGUUUACAAAUGUGGAGCUAUUGCAAGCAUUCUUUUCAUUCCCAAUCCCCCUUUUAACCCUUUCAUGCACCCUGUAACCUGAUAACAUGGUAAGCUGUCCACUGUAGUAACCGCUGAAAGGGUUAAAAUAAGUGUAAUAAUAUUAGAACAAACAGUUCUUACCGGCCUCUGACUUGAGAAUUAAUUAUUGAACAAUUUGUUGUGUAGAUGUAAUAUGAGGCAACCAUACAUGUGAUUUGGGUCCACAGUCAUAAUGACCCCCUGAAGGAAACCGCACCCGCGACGUGGCCCCCUGACACGGUGCAACAUGUCAGGAAUAAACGUGUCGUUAUGAAAUUCAAUUGUUAAAAAUAUAACUUUGUCUUCGUUGAACUUUGACUUUAAUGUCAUCCCAUUAGGAAUUUAUCGCAUAAAAAACUAUAUUCUUCCCGUCAAUACAUCUUUGUUCCUGCAAAGACUAUAUGAGAGGCUCCUUGGAACAUUUAUUUCCUGUCAGGGGUCCCUGGACACAAACAUUUUGAGAAUCCCUGGAUGAGACCAUUCCAAAUCAAGCCCCUGUAUGUUGAUGUUUCAACUGGAAUCACAAGGAAGAUGUCACGAUGGGUGGGGAACCUCUCGAGUUUCAGUCCUCAGGGCAAAUACUAAAAACAUGCGAUACAAGUGUUCAUUCUUAUACAUUGCGAGCAUUUGUGGACCUUUAUUUUGAAAGAAACAAUUACGUUAGAUUUUAUUUGGUUUUGCAUGGUAUCAAAUCCUCUCACGGGCCAAAUGUGGCCCACGGGACGUAGGUUCCCCACCCCUGCACUCUGAUAACAUUUAGGAGAAAAAAAGAAGCUAUGUGUUGCUUUAUAUGCAAAAAAAAAAAAGUUGAGUCCUUCUCUUGUGUACAAGAAUGAUUCUUAAUACUUGUAUAAUUUUAAGUGCGAAACUAUAAAUAUUGUACAUAAGACUAUGGAUUUCUAUAAUCAUGUACAUGUAAUGCAACUACCUUUCUUUUUGAAGGGAAUACAUGUGUGGCACAUGUGUGUAAAUAAUGUUUGCAUACAGCACUUGUUGCCUUUUGUCAUACAUCGAGGCUCAUUUCAGCGCUUACGUUGUUUAUAUGUCAUGAACUGACCCUGACCCUCGCCUGCAUAACUUUGUACAUUUUCUGUGUCCCCAAUGUCGGCUUGUUUGGGCCAUUUGUACAGAUGUUCAACAUUAUUGCUGCAGUUACAUUCUGAAAAUAAAGCACUUGCUCUGCAACAUGCA